GGUGCUCAUCUCCGUUUCAAAGCCAAAGAGCCAGCGCUGUCCGAAGACGUCGCCAUGGUCAUGUGGCCAGCAUGACUAAAUGCCAAAGGCGCACGGAACGCUGUUACCUUCCCACCAAAGGAUGUGGGGCCUGCUCGCCACGCUGCUGUUUUUCCCCCUUGGCUGUCAUGUGGAUGCUACAUGUCCCAGGACUGAUUUUAGAAACUUCAGUGACACGCCGUGCCUCAAUUUUAGUGGCCAGUUUCCUUCCUCUGAAGUCAAUUUCAGUAUAUGGAAACAAGUGAAAGAGUUGGAUCUGUCCAAUAACGUCAUCACAACGUUAUCCGAAUUGGAGUCUGCAAAAAAGCUGGAAUCGUUGUUUCUUCACAAAAAUAAACUGAAGAGACUUCCUUCCGACUUCUUUAACAAAACACCCAACUUGAAGGUCCUGAGUUUGGAGAAGAACCAGCUUGGCUCUCUAUCCAUUGCAGAGUCCUAUCGGUGCCUGAAGGAGCUCCGCGUGGACUGUAAGUGCAGUGUGGCUAGAGGCAUUGUGAAUUAUUGCCACAACUGCUCAAACCAAGGCAUCAAAUGCCAGUGCUUCACUUCUGAAAGACUGGAUAAUGUAACUGAUUUCUACAAGGAUAGGUGCUCUGCUAGCACUGGGUAUGAUCUCUACAUUGGCAUCAUCAUAUCAAUUUUGAUUCUGCUCCUUUUGGCCAUCCUGGUUUUCUUUGUAAUCCGGUGGAAGAAAGGGGCCCCCAUCAACCAAGGAAAACGAUCUUCCAACACAUCUGAAGGCGCUUCUGGACAAUCAAGGUACGUCAGCCACUUACCUCAGCCAGGGAACGCAUUUCAGGACACGGAGUUCCACGAAGACUAUGAGAACGUCUUGAAAGACCAAUCCAAGGGCAAAGUGGGCAAAGUGAAAAGCAGGCAAGGCAACCACCAGAGCCAGAAGGAGACCACCACCAACAGGUUUCCAUCGAAAGGUGAGAACAGCGAUUCUGCUGAAGGCCAUCAGCCCGUCUACGCCAAUACUCAGGAAUUAUAUUACAACUAUAGUGGAAAAUCUAUCCCGGAAGCAGUAGAUGAUGUCUACAUUAUUCCAGACCAGUGAUACCUCUUGGCUCCAUAAACACUGCUAUGACCAAGGAUGACCCAAAACAUAUCCUGGGCCUUUCCUGUUGCAAUGCCUGUUCUCAGAACACCAUACCUCAAUUCAUUUGGCCCCAACUUGCAGGCAUUUUGUAAAUCCCUGAAGAGCUAGAUGGGACCUACAGGCUGGGUGAGACCAUCACUGUGGCUUUCUUUGGCAUGGUUAUGGUGAUGUGGUGGAAUGGAUUGUCUUCAGGCGCCAUUAUGUUAUCUUCUCAUUGCUUCAUUCAUUAGGUUUGUUUUGUUGAUUUGGAUUACCUAUGUUUUCUAUCUAUGAGGUAGGAGACCUUCUCUGCUCUUGCCCCACACUUUAAGGCAUGUUAAUCAGAGGUGGGUUUCAGCAGGUUCUGACCAGUUCUGGAGAACCGGUAGUGGAAAUUUUGAGUAGUUCGGAGAACCAGUAGUAAAAAUUCUGAUUGGCCCCACCCCCAUCUAUUCUCUGCCUCUCAAGUCCCAGCUGAUCGGGAGGAAAUGGAGAUUUUGCAGUAUCCUUCCCCUGCCACGCUCACCAAGCCACAUCCACCAAGCCAUGCCACGUCCACCAAGCCACACCCACAGAACCGGUAGUAAAAAAAUUUGAAACCCACCACUGAGGGUCCCAGAGGCAAGAGGAGCCCCAAUACUUCUGGUUUUUUGGAUGAGGGUUAAGACCUAGCCCUGCCAAUGAGCAUGGGAGUCUAAAAGGAUGAUACAGCCCUAGGGAAAGGAGUUGGCUUGGGGACACUCCUUCCACCUUGUUAACCUGAAUUCUUUAAACUUUGGUUUUCUCUUUUAACGUGUAAAUGUUCAACUUGUUCUUAAUUUUGUUUUUAACCGUGUUUUUAACCAUGUGUUUAGAUUGAUUUAUGAUGUGGUGAUAAACUGUCCAGAGUGACUUAUGGUAUAGAAAUGUAGUAAAUGUAAAUAAAUAAACAAAUACAAUAAAUGAACAAAUGGUCAUUUUGUGAUGGUAUUUCACUUUUCUGAGGAAUCAGUUUGGUACAGUGUGCUGGCCUAGAAACCAGGAGGCUGGAGUUCUAGUUCUGCCUUAGGCAUGAAAGCCAACUGGGUGACUUUGGGCCAAUCACCAGGAGACUGUGAGUUAUAAUCCCGUUUUAGGCACGAAUGUCAGCUAGAUGUGAUCUUGGGUCAGUCACUGUCUCUCAGCCCAACCCACCUC